UCCGCGCUCUGGACCCACCACGGCCCAGGAUAGGGAGGUGGGGGGUGCAGGAGGAGGGGCGCCCGGGCUCGGGCCCAGCGCCGGGGGCGGGUCCGAGGCAGGGGCCCGGGCUCGGGAAUCCUGUGCCUGGGACUCUUGCUGAGCCAAGCCGAGUGCAGGGGGCUGUUGAUCUCCACCAAGCAACUGGCCGGCCAUGAACUCCGGACGCCAGCCCCGGACACCCUUCAGCAUCACAGACAUCCUGGGCCCACGUCUGGUGCCCCGGGCACCCUCCGCGAUGCAGCUUCCAGAGUCGGGUCCUGGUCCCACGUCGCCGCUAUGCGCGCUGGAGGAGCUGACUAGUAAAACUUUUCGUGGACUUGCCGCGCGCGCCCCGCAGCCCUUUGAAGGCAGGGCAGCCCCGGAUGCACUGGGACCUCGGCCCGAUGGCCGAAAACGGCGCAAGUCACGCACGGCGUUUACCACGCAGCAGGUACUGGAGUUGGAGCGGCGCUUUGUCUUCCAGAAGUACUUGGCUCCGUCAGAACGCGACGGUCUGGCGGCGCGACUCGGCCUGGCCAACGCACAGGUGGUCACUUGGUUCCAGAACCGGCGCGCCAAACUCAAGCGCGACGUUGAAGAGAUGCGCGCCGACUUGGCCUCCCUCCACGCGCUGUCGCCCGCAGUCCAGUGCCGCCUAGCGCUGCCCAAUGGCGCGCUUGGCCCCGGCCACGCUGGGCCCGACUCGGGGCCCCACCUGUCGGAGGAAGAGAUCCAGGUGGAUGAUUAAUGGCAAAGUCUGCCCUGGACUCCGGGGUCCUGGACUCCUCCCCUUUGCGCUCCGCGCUGGGUCUGGUACUGGGACAGCGGGAGGAGGUCCACCCGGGUGUCUUCAGCUCAGCCCA